AUGGCCGUUUUUCUCCCACAGAACUAUUCUUGUCAUCAAUCAAACAAUGGCGUCUUUUUUUUUUCUCUCCCUCAAUAUGUCGCUGCUCAACGUCCGGUUGCUCCUCACAAUUUUCGCCCUUUUCUUCUUUUCACAAUUAAUUGCACCGUGGUGGUCACCGUAGGCAUGUGUCAGCUACCCAGCGGGACGACGCUCAGAAUGACUAUUCAUUUAUCCUAUUUUUGUUCUUUUUUCUUCUCUUUCUUUCUUUGUCGUACUUUCGUUUUCUCUUACUUUCUUUGUAUUUUUUGUUCGUUUGUCCUUUCAUUCGUUCUUUUCUUUCAGUUUCUCUAUCGUUCGUUCAGUUUUGUUCUUUCUUUUCUUUUUUUGUCCUUUUGUUUGUUCUUUCGUUCUUUUUUCUUCCUUCCCUUUCUCUUUCGUUCUUUUGUCUUCUUUCCCUUUCUCUUUUGCUCUUUUUUCUUCCUUCCAUUUCUCUUUCGUUCUUUUCUUUCUUCCAUUUCUCUUUUUUCUUCCUUCCCUUUCUUUUUCGUUCUUUUUUUCUUCCUCCCAUUUCUCUUUCGUUCUUUUCUUCCUUCCCUUUCUCUUUUGCUAUUUUUCUUCCUUCCCUUUCUUUUUCGUUCUUUUUUCUUCCUUCCAUUUCUAUUUCUUUCUUUUCUUCCUUCCUUUUUUUUUUCUUUUCCCUCUUUUUUCGUUCUCUUUUCGUUCUUUUUUCUUCCUUCCAUUUCUAUUUCUUUCUUUUCUUCCUUCCCUUUCUCUUUUGCUAUUUUUUCUUCAUUCCCUUUCUUUUUCGUUCUUUUUUCUUCCUCCCAUUUCUGUUUCGUUCUUUUCUUCUUUCCCUUUCUCCUUUGCUCUUUUUUCUUCCUCCCCUCUCAUUUUCGUUCUUUUUUCUUCCUUCCCUUUCUUUUUCGUUCUUUUUUCUUCCUUCCCAUUUCUGUUUCGUUCUUUUUUCUUCCUUCCAUUUCUCUUUCGUUCUUUUCUUCUUUCCCUUUCUCUUUUGCUCUUUUUGGUUCUUUCGUUCUAUCACUCGUUUUUUUUUUUUUUUUUUCUCUGUCGUUCAUCUAUUUACUCCCUUUCUUUUUCCCCAUUAUUUUUAUCUUCGCUUUUGAUUUCCCGCCAAUACUACCGACGCGCCUAUUUCACGUCGAACGUGUUCAAGAAAUAUAUCGUAAAAUCAACUCGUCAAUUUCGUUUAUCUAUCUAUCUAUCUAUCUAUCUAUCUAUCUAAUAAUCUGCCUGUCCGUUUCUCUCUCUCUUUCUUUCUUUCUUUCUCUCUCUCGCUCAAAAUUUCUAUUACUUAUAAACCAAUUCCCAAUCCAGUUACGAAUAAAUCAUAUCUAUCUAUCUAUCUAUCUCAACCUCUUCAUUAUCUAUCUAUCUAUCUAUCUCAAACUCUUCAUUAUCUAUCUAUCUAUCUUCAUUUUUAUAUAUCUGACCUCAGUCAGAUCAUUAUCUAUCUAUCUAUCUAUCUAUCUCAUUCUAUCUGUCUAUCUAGGUCGGUCCAUAUCUAUCUAUCUAUCUAUCUAUCUAUCUAUCUAUCUAUCUAUCUCAUUUCAUAUCUAUCUAUCUAUCUAUCUAUCUAUCUAUCUAUCUAUCUGUCUGUCUGUCUACCGGAGCGUUUCUUGUUCUGCUUCAAACUGUUCUUUCUUUCUCUCUUUCUUUUUUUCUUUAAUUAUUUCUUUAUUUUUCUUUCUUAAUCUCUUUCUCUCUUUCUUUUCUUUUCUUUUCUUUUCUUUUCCUUACUUUCUUCUCUUUCUUUCAUUUUCGGGUAUUCUUUCUUCUCUUUCUUUCUUUCUUUUUUUCGCUUUUCUUUCUUUCACUCAUUCUAGCUCUCUUUUCUUUUCCAUAUUUCUUCUCAUUCUGUCUCUCGUUCUUUCCUUCUUUCUUUCCUCCUUUCUUUCUUUCUUUCUUUCUUUCCUCCUUUCUUUCUUCCUUUGUUCGUUUCUUUCUUUCCUCUCUUCUUUCUUUCUUUCUUUCUCUCUCUCUUUCUUUCUUUCUUUCUUUCUUUCUUUCAUUCUUUUUUCUUUCGUUUCUUUUCGUUUCUUUCUUUUCUUCUAUUUCUUUCAUUUUCGGGUAUUCUUUCUUUCUUUCUUUCUUUCUUUCUUUCUUUCUUUCACUCUUUCUCUCUCUUUAUUUCGUUCUUUCUUUUCUUUUCCUUUCUUUCUUCUCUUUCUUCCUCUUUUUCUUUUUUCUCUCUAUCUGUCCUUCUUUCUCUCUUUCUUUCUCUCUUUCUUCUCUUUUCAUUUCUUUUCUUUCUCUUUCUUCUCUUCUCUUUCUUUCAUUUCGGGUAUUAUUUCUUCUCUUUCUUUCUUUCUUUCUUUCUUUCUCUCUCUCUCUCUCUCUCUCUUUCUUUCUGCCUUUCUUUUCUUUUCCUUUCUUUCUUCUCUUCUCUUUCUUUCAUUUUCGGGUAUUCUUUCUUACUUUCUUUCUUACUUUCUUUCUUCUUUCUUUCUCUCUCUCUCUCUUUCUUACUUCCUUUCUUUUCUUUUUCUUUCUUUCUUCUCUUCUCUUUCUUUUAUUUUCGGGUAUUCUUUCUUUCAUUCUUUCUUUCUUUCUUUUCUUUUCCUUUCUUUCUUUUCUAUCUUCUCUUCUUUUUUUUAUUUUCGAAUAUUAUUUCUUCUCUUUUAUUCUUUUUGUCCCUUUUGUCCUUUUUCGUUCGAAUCUUUGCCAGGUUACUCAUUCAUUGUAUCUCACAUUGAUUUCCGACGUGAUUUCUUCUAA